AUGUGGUCCUCCGAGCUCCCUUUCUCUUCAAAUAUUUCCACAUUGACAAUUGUUCGCCAAGCAAAAUCACCACACAGGUUCUCUGCCAAAGACUCACCCCUCUCUAUGCCUCCCACCGAUGGUACUACACCCAUCGGUGACCCUUUCGAUCCGACACUCUGCAACAACAUCUCCCGCGGCAGCGCAGCAUUCAUCCUCGUCGCUCUUGCCCUUGGCGCACUUACCCAACCUCCUGGUUCCCUCCUUAUUUCUCCAUCAGUAAGACACCUGCGAAUAUGGCGCCUCUCACCCUUUCUCUGCGGUCCCGAGGGCUUGACUAUUCUCUGCUCUCUCGUCCAGGCCCCGUUCGCUCACAUGUCCCAACGGAAACGAGCAUUCGACAUCAUGGCAAAGCGCACAACAACUACAGAUGGUGACACGAGAUCUCUGGUGGAAAUUUCGCAGAGGCCAAAGCUGGAGUUGAUACUUCCGAUGAUGUUGCAGAUUGGAAAGGUGUUCUUUUUGCGAGCCUCGAGGUUUACAACCGCGAUGGCUAUCCUAUAUUGGAUAGAUGGGGCUGUGGUGGAGUACUGCCACUGUUAG